AUGCCUCACCACGCUAGUUUUGUGCUUAUUGCUGCCGGUGCCGUCACUGCAGUCUGCAUCAUGCCAACCACUGCAGGUUUUCAGCUAAGCAGCAGUGGGAGCAUGAUAUGGGAAAACAAUUGCUCUUUCAGCGGGAACGACUACCGAUCGUUGAUGGCCAUUCGCAAUGUAUGUGGCAACGUCUGUGAUAGCGACUCACAAUGCACGCAUUGGACAUGGAACCUUGACAUUUGCUUGCUCAAAACGGGGGCUCAAUUCGUCAAGUCUGUAAACUGGACUGCGUCCUGCGGCUACAUCGUCUCGAGCAACGAGAAGGCACCAUAUCAGGUCCAAACCUCAGCUGAGGGCCCGGCAAGCGCCAAAGUCUCAAAAAGAGAUCCAUCCCCGACAGUAGCUCUAUCGCGGACAGCAGCUCCAUCCUCGACAGCAGCUCUAUCGCGGACAGCAGCUCCAUCCUCGACAGCAGCUCUAUCGCGUACAGCAGCUCCAUCCUCGACAGCAGCUCCAUCCCCAGCAGCACCUACAUCAGCAGUUCCAUCUCCGUCAUUAUCUCGACCGGCACCUGCUCCAUCUCCGGUUCCGUCACGCCCCCUAAGCUUAGUUGGAACUCAAAGUUCAGAAAGUAAUUCAGCCCAAGCUUUACCCAACAGCGGCCUUUCCGCUGCUGAAAUGAGUGAGAUGCUAAGCCGAAUCAAUGCGUACCGUACGCAGCAGGGCCUCUCUGCACUCAAUAUCGACAACCGACUCGUGGCAGCAUCUGCUAGACACUCGAGAGACCAAGCGAAUCAUUGCAGAAUGACACACGAGAGCUCAAACGGCAUGACACUGGGAAGCCGCAUUGCAGCACAGGGCUACGAUUUUGAGACGGUGACGGAGAACGUGGCAGCCGGCCAGCAGACUGUGGAGGAUGUGAUGACGUCAUGGUGGAAUUCACCGGGUCAUCGCGCAAACCUCCUGAACAGGGAUGUACGGAAUGUUGGUUUUGCCAAGGUUGUGAACAAUAACUGCGGUAGCUACGAUACGUACUGGACGCAGGACUUUGGUCGCUUGGAUUAA